UAGAUGUUAUAGUAGGUCUAGGUGUAAGUUAGUUCAUCUUUUAGUUAUUUCAAUGCCAUGGAGGGUAUUGGGCUGGAACCACUUCCCGGUGGAAGUGUUGUCAGUACGUUGCAUAAUGAAGUGAAUGAGCAUAGCGUAGAAAAUAUUUCUGAAGAUGAACUCUUUAAAAAAGUGGAAAACCACCUUUUGGAAAAAAUUAAGAGUGGUGAUAAAGAAGCUCCAUUUUUGCUAGGACAAUUUUAUUAUGAAGAGGAAUUACCACAGAAAGCAGCCAUUCAAUUUGAUGAUAUAAAAGAUGUUGAUUACCAAGCUGCAUACCAACUUGCAACCAUGUAUUUUGAUGGAGUCGGAGUCAAUGUUGACUAUGAUAAAGGAAUGGACCUCAUGAUGAAAGUUGCAACUUCAAAAAGUAUAAGAGCGAAACAUUUGAUACAUUCUUCUCAAUAUAAUGUUGGAAGAGCGUACUUUGAUGGUUAUGGAGUUCAGCAAAGUGAUGCAGAGGCUGAAAAGUGGUGGUUACUCGCUGCUGAUGAUGGUAAUCCAAAAGCCAGUAUUCAUGCGCAAACUAUGCUUGGUAUGUUGUAUUCCAGACCGGAUUUUUUAGAUCUUAAGAAAGCUUUCUUUUGGCAUUCCGAAGCAUGUGGAAAUGGAAGUUUGGAAUCCCAAGGUAUUCUAGGAGUAAUGUAUGCAGAAGGACUUGGAAUCGCGAAAAAUGAAAAAAACGCUCUGGAAUGUUUAAAAGAGGCUUCUCAGAGAGGAAAUGUUUAUGCACAAGGAAGACUUGUGCAAUUUUAUUAUGAGAAAAAAUUAUUUACAAAAGCAUGUGACCUUGCCAGAAGGGUUGUUGCAUAUAAUGAGAUAGAAAGAAUAUCUCAAGAGACGUCAUGCUUGCCAACUUAUAUUAUAAAAGGAAUUACAUUGGCUUGUAUAUUUCUAUCAAGAUGUUUGAAACUAGGAAAUGGUAUUAGGAAGGAUGAAGAAGAAGCAAAAAAAAUAUUUUCAUAUGGCUUGUGAACAUGAUCCUGCAUUGGCAAAUGAAUCUUUUUUGAAGAUUGCGUAUGGGCUACUAUAAGAGUUGUGACAUCUUCAUUCAUAUUUUCUUUUUGUUUAAAAACAACCCGAAAUUUUCCAAUGACUAUCAUUCAAUUAUUAACUCGUUUUACCGUGACUAAUUGUAUUAAUAACUACAGCCCCCUUGGAAGCAAGGUUUCAAUUUUUUUUUUUUUGAACAAUCUGAUAUAUCUAUCUAAAUAGCUGUUUGUUCGGCAGUUUUUCAUGUUUUUGUCCUUUCGUCUUCGUAGUUCUGUAGUUCCAUACUAUAUAUAUAUAUUUUGUUCUUUCAUUGUUUUUUUUAAUAAAUCAUUCCAUCCAUGA